AUGUGUGCUGAGGACGUGUAUCAUAACCAGCGGGUCAAUCCGCAACAGCCAGUAUCAUCCACCAAGCAAUCGUCUACACAUAGUGGGCAAACAUCAGAAACUGACAAGAACGAUUGGUCCGACGUCAGUGACCGCAGUGAGCGACGAAAGAUACAAAACAAACUGGCUCAAAGAAGAUUCCGUGACAGAAUAAGGGAGCAGAGGGAGGAGGCCGAACGAGAGGAAGAGAACCAACGAAAAGCCGGAGCCUCAUACGCACAACCAAAGCCCGAAGAAAUCGAUACCGACCAUAGCCUUUCUGGUUUACCCUGGGGUGGCAUUUCGAUGAGACACAUGGUCGAACAAGGAAAGCAAAGACAUCGAGGCUCACAAAAAGACGUGAAUAACGGCUCUACUCAUCACAAUGCAUCAUCCACCGAGGACAAUAGCAGUAAGUGA